CCCGAUGACGGACUAUAAAAGCGCCAGCCCUUCCGCACCUUUUCGCUCUCAUCAUCCCCUCUCAGGAUCGACUGCGACACCUCACGGGCGAUCAUCAACCUCACUUCCAAGCCGUCGACCUCACCUCCUGAAGUGAUUCCGCUUUACGCCAUCUAUCAUUUUCAAACGGUGUAACUGGAAUCAACCACGUCAGAACUUUGCAGCCAUGAACAACAACAUCAAGCUUGAAGAUGAACCUUCCACCUCACCUCCUGGUUUCGAGCAAAUGCUUGACAACAUGCGCGCGCAUCUCAACAAUAUGCAUAAUGAACUGAACGAGCUACACCACCAGAGGAACAUCAGCGAACGGUUCUAUGCGACAACCUUAAAGAACAAGGACGAUGAGAUCGCCGCUCACAAAGACACUAUCGCGACCACCAAAGCCCUCAUUGAUGCGCACACUGCCACUCCCAAUGUGCAUGGAACCACGGUCAACUCAUACCACACACAGUUGGGCGCCAAGGAGGCUGAGUGUACCCGCCUUGAGAUUGAGAAGAAGGACCUCCUCAAGGCGAAGGAGCUUAUGGGGGCGAACAUCACUCAACUCACCAAGCAGAACCGCCUGUUGAACGCAAAGGUUAGCUUUUUGGAAGCUCAAGCGAAGGAUAAGCGUGGAUACAUCAUUACCGACGACGACAGUGUUGCGCGUCGAAUUGGCGAGCUGCGGAGCCAGUUGGACGGUUCCACGAAGCGCAAUAUCGACAUUCAGUGUGAGAAGUCCGAACUGCAGAGCGAACUUCAACAAGUUCAGGCUGAGCUCACUAAGACCAAGAAGUUCAUCGAACAGACCUUAGUCAACAAAGUGAAGCUUGAGUCAACUGACAACCCUGUCGAUAAGAAGCCUACCUUGGGUCCCGAAGGCAUUCGUACCAACUCCACCUUUUCCACCAAGACCACCCUGCCGGCUAAGAACAGUAUGCCGACUAAGACCACCCAACCGGUUCGAUCCGCCCGAUCGCCUGAUCCACCGGAGAGGAAGCUCAUCUGCCAACGCUGCCUCGGCGUCUACGGAGAUGAAUGUGACGGGACGCCCAACUGCUCUCGGUGCACCGCCAUGGGUAAGCCUUGUGUGUACAACCCCUGCGUGGACUACCACACUAGCAUUGCACAGGUCUGCAACUCUCGCCACUGCCACUUCAUCCACGAUGAGCAGGAGUACACUUGGUCGGGAAGCAUUCGCGUGGAACUCACUGGUUAUGAGAUCCGUAGGUAGAUAGAGACACCUCGUUAUGAGGCUCACAAGCAGAUAGUGAUUGAUUGAAAGCAUCCGGGUGGCUCUCUCACUGGUUAUGAGAUCCACAAGUAGAUGCCAAUCACAGGUUAUGAGGCUCAUGGGUAGAUAGAGAUUGUACGCGAUGUACAUCAUCUCAAUACGACAACU